GCGGUAGAGUCUGAGGACCCCGUUGAAAAAGAGGUGUUAGGGAAGUGCUGUGAAAGGGGACAGAGUUGUUCGACAGUGAAGAUACGACAAACUAUGUGAAUUAUCAUUUGACUGACUAUACUUGUACUGAAUGAUUUUACACAAUCAUUGGAGAGGUGUCAAAAAGUGUUCUAUAGCCGUUUCCUCUAUUGUGGAAUGCCAGAAAAGAUAAGCUCAGGGUCAACCGGAGAAUCGCGAAGCGUGUCAGCAGCAGUGUGAUGAGUGGAUACCUGGGCGUGACCGCUCCCUCCCCGCUGCAUCACUACCCCCAAUAUUCCCCAGCCAUGAGGGAGAAGGACUCGAGUCCGAGAAAGAUGUCGGGCCACAUCAGUCCCAAACAGGCCAGCAUAUACCCUUUGAGCGUUGGGGUCUCCGACGCCGAGGACCUCCCCUACGACCUGAGCCACGGACACAGCCGGGGGAGCCCGGUCAUCGGUCAGCAGCCGCACAUGAGUCCGGCAGCGAGGCCCCACCACCACCGCGACCUGGACUGCGAACCGCUGGACCUCCGCGUUGACCACAAGAAGGAACGGCUCCAGGACGAGAACCAGAACGAGGUUGAAGUCCUUAACCAGAACAGCCUGAACCUCCCCUACCACGCGGUGCUCUUCCCUCAGCAUCCGGCGGUCCAUCCGCUCGUCCUCGAGGCCAUGUACCGUUCGCACCACCACACAUCGGUUGCGGAACUUCCAAAGAUCCAGGUUCGAGCCCUGCCGACGAUGGUGCCUCUGCCUCAGGCCCAGGCGCCGCGACCCUCAAGUCCGGUGCCCUCGCAGCCCCAGGCCUCGUCGCUGCCGUCGUACCCAGCGGCGGUGACGGCAGGUCUGAAGCCGAAAGAUCGGUACUCCUGUAAGUUUUGCGGCAAGGUGUUCCCUCGUUCGGCAAACCUAACGAGACACCUCCGGACCCACACUGGUGAGCAACCGUACAAGUGCAAGUAUUGCGAGAGGUCCUUCAGCAUCUCGAGUAACCUCCAACGCCACGUUAGGAACAUUCACAACAAGGAGAAGCCGUUCAAGUGCCCGCUUUGCGAACGCUGCUUCGGACAGCAGACGAACCUCGAUCGUCAUUUGAAGAAACACGACGCCGACGGACCGACGAUCCUGGACGAAGUCCGCUCGAGAUAUCACAGCCAGCUGCCGCGUACCGACGAGUCCUACUUCGAGGAGAUACGGAGCUUCAUGGGUAAGAUCACAUCCCAGCGGCAGGGGAUCUCCUAUUUUCCUGGUCUCCUCGCCCCCGCCGCGGAGGACUUCAAGACCGACAAACAGCAGCUUCAGCUUGAGGAGAAACGCGGGGACUCAUCCUACUUCAGCGACCGGGAUAACCUCAGCUCCAGGUCAAGCAGCUCGGCCGCGAGUAGACCGGAAAGCAUCCACGAGGAGCAGAGGGACGUCACCUCACCGCCUUUAUCGCCGGGUAACAACACCUGAGUCACUUACAUUCGGCGUCGCACACCGUUCCCCCAACCCUUCAGUGAAGAGUGAACGAGGACGAUACGCGUUAUACCGGAUCGACGGGAGAGAAUAUGAACAGAAGAGGACGAAUGGGAAAAAAAAGAAAAAAAAACACGACACGAAAGAGAAAGAGAACGAGCGAGUGGGAGACGGAGAGAGAGAGAGAGAGAGAGAGAGAGAGAGAGAGAGAGAGAGAGAGAGAGAGCGAAGAGGACUGCCAGAGUGAAUGUGAAUCGAAGGUGCUCAACGGAUGGAUGGACUCCGGAUGACCAACUGUUUCGGUGAAAGGUAUACACACGUACACAGCAAAGCGAUAGAUAUUAUAGCCGGGCGACCGGCAACCUGCGAGCAAAAGCUGCACAUUGUCCGAGUCCCGACGACUGUGCAGAGACUAUUCAUUCUUUGUUACCUAUAUAAAUACAUAUAAUACUACAUACAUAUAACUUUCCGUA